AUGGCCAACCGGGCAUUCCAGGAGACCAAGCCAGCUGCGAGUCAAUGCCACGUAGAAUCUAUCCGCCUUUGUGUUGUCGACACCAUCCAAGGCGCCCAAGACAGCUUCCAGCGUGGUAACACCACAGCCAGCAUGAAAGACGAACUGGUGGUCCAAGCUGCAAAGAAGGCAGAUUUGGUGCAACCCGUCAAAGUCGCGGGAUUUGUCAAGGCCAACCAAGGGCAAGUCCAGGUUUCAGAGAGGAAGAGGUUAGGAGGCGGUCAAGCUUGCCCUGGCUCCCCCGAGCGGCUGCAGAAAUGCCCUUCGUUGCAGGUUCGAAGGAACGGGGAAUCUUCCCUCACCGCCGUGGCCUCAUCGUACGGCUGA